AGGAGUCCUUUGAAGAAAAAUAUGCUUCUUAAAUCAACCCCAGCCUCUCCUCCAUACAAAGAACUCUUAAUGAUACUAGCAGAAAAGAAACAAAUUCAGCUAAAAGCUCGUCUGCAGAUCAGAAGAACAAAGACAUGGAGUUUUGAGGAGUGAAGGUAGCAUGGCGUCGGCCAUGGGUGAUCAAGACACAGCCAGACAAUGUGGAUCAGUUCCUUCAAACUACGGCUUUUCUGCUGUCUGCUUGCAGUGCUGAUGGUGGUGGUGCUGGUCAUCAAUGUGACUCAGGUAGAGUACUUGGACCAUGAGACUGUUUUAGCCACGUUCAUCGAUAGUAGUGGACAGUUUGUUUCCUCCCAGGUGACAGGAAUUAGCCGGAAUCCUUACUGUGGCUAUGAGCAUCAAACUCUGUCCAGCCGGGAGCGCAUGGAGGAGGACUCCUUGCUGGCUGCCUUGCAGUGGCAGGUGCCUGAUGUGGGUCCAGUCCCCUUUCUGAAGAGCACUGACCCUUCUUCCAGCUACUUCGUUAUCUUGAACUCUGCAGCCUUCUUCAAGGUGGGAAGCCAACUAGAAGUGCUGGUUCAUGUACAGGAUUUUCAAAGAAAGCCCAAGAAAUAUGGUGGAGACUACCUGCAGGCCAGAAUCCACUCCCCUAAGCUGCAGGCAGGGGCUGUGGGCAGAGUGGUAGACUACCAGAAUGGGUUUUACAAGGUCUUUUUUACUUUGCUCUGGCCAGGCAAAGUUAAAGUGUCCAUAUCUCUCGUCCACCCCACCGAAGGGAUCAGAGUUCUUCAGCACCUGCAAGAAGAGAAACCACACAGGGUCUAUUUCAAGAGUCUCUUCCGUUCAGGAAGAAUUUCUGAAACCACGGAGUGUAAUGUGUGUCUUCCUGGCAGUCUGCCCCUGUGUAACUUUACAGAUCUCUACACUGGAGAACCCUGGUUCUGCUUCAAACCAAAGAAGCUCCCUUGCAGUAGCAGAAUUAACCAUUUCAAAGGUGGAUACCUGAAGGGCCUUCUAACUGCUGCAGAGAAUGCUUUCUUCCAGAGUGGUAUCAAUAUCAAAAUGCCAAUCAACUCCAGUGGACCUGAUUGGGUGACUGUGAUUCCCAGGAGAAUAAAAGAAAUGAACAAUCUAGAACUAUCUCAAGGCUCAGGAACUUUUCCUUCUGGAUAUUAUUACAAAGACCAGUGGAGGCCCAGAAAGUUUAAGAUGCGCCAGUUUAAUGACCCCGACAAUAUCACAGAAUGCUUACAAAGAAAAGUGGUGUAUUUAUUUGGUGACUCAACAAUCAGGCAGUGGUUUGAAUACCUUACUACGUUUGUUCCAGAUUUAGUGGAGUUUAACUUGGGUAGUCCCAAGAAUGUGGGUCCUUUCCUUGCGGUGGACCAGAAGCACAACAUCCUGCUCAAAUAUCGCUGCCAUGGUCCACCCAUCCGUUUUACAACUGUCUUUAGCAAUGAGCUCCAUUAUGUGGCAAAUGAGCUGAAUGGCAUCGUGGGCGGGAAGAACACCGUGGUUGCCAUAGCUGUAUGGUCUCAUUUUAGCACCUUCCCCUUGGAAGUGUACAUCCGGCGGCUCAGGAAUAUCCGUCGAGCAGUGGUCCAGCUCCUGGAUCGAAGUCCUAAGACCGUGGUAGUCAUCCGAACAGCCAAUGCCCAAGAGCUGGGGCCUGAGGUGAGCCUUUUCAACAGUGACUGGUACAACUUUCAGCUGGACACCAUCCUUCGGAAGAUGUUCUCAGGGGUUGGAGUGUAUCUCGUUGAUGCCUGGGAGAUGACCCUGGCUCAUUAUUUACCCCACAAGCUACAUCCAGAUGAAGUUAUUGUGAAGAACCAACUGGACAUGUUCUUGUCCUUUGUGUGCCCCUUGGAGACCUAGCCUGCCCUGGAGGGGACUGGAGGAAUCAUGUUACCUGCAGUACAGGAAGUUUAUGGCUGGCCCCAUGGAGAGAUGGGUGCUAUUGACAUGUACACAAUUUCAAAAGGAACUGGACUUUAUAUAAGACUUAUAAGGAGCUUAGAAAAUGCAGGUUGCAUUUAUGUCUACCUACAGGAUUUUUUCCAAUCUUUACAUAGCCAUGGGAGAACCAUUUAUUAACAACAUCUACGCACUGUAUUGCCCUUGUAACCAAAGAUGCUAGUGAGUGUGUUUGAAUUAGCCUCUCCUGAGAGGGGAGAUUACUAUGCUAAAAACUGUGAAAAGUGUUCUGACCUAAGUGGUUGGUAGUGGAGUGUUUGUAGUUUAUCUGGUAAAGGAGAUUGAGCUUAUCUGUAUGGAUAACACUGUUGGUCCAUCUUCAGUGGGAUGAACUGAUAAGGCUUCUGGUCAGUGGCUCCUGUAAUACACUGGGGACUGCUGUGUCUCAGGAGUUUCUUUCAAUGAUCCACCUUUUCUGGAUUGCUUGAAAAGGCCAGUAUCCUUGGUCAGAACUUUCUAGUGAGAAUAUUUACAAUAUCCCGCUUUUAUCUAGAAAAGAAGCAAAAGGAAAAUAUGAAAGCAGUACACAAAAUCUGUGUGUUGAAUUGAUACUUGCACUGGGGGAUUGUUACUUAUUUCAGCUAAAUUUUACAUGAUGAAUACUUUCAUCACUUUUGGAACUGGAAGGGGGAAUCUAUAAAUGGAAAUUUAUUUUUGUGUUUUGAAGUUUGAGGGUUUUAAGAACUGAAUUUUGUGUAAAGAAUGCUGUUGUUUAUUAUAAAGUUGUAGAAGUUACUUCCA